AUGGAAAACACAACAUCUCCUCUAGAUGUGCACAUUUUACCAUUUUUCUUGAAAACUGACCACAAAUUGUUCAUCUUUAGCUCUGUCUACUUUUUCUUCAUCUAUGUAUUUGGAAUUUUGGUGAACACAGUUAUCAUUGCAGUGAUAUGUUUGGACCUCCAUUUGCACACCCCGAUGUAUUUAUUUCUCUGCAACUUGUCUGUUGUUGAUGUUUGUUAUACAACUGUUUCCAUUCCAAAACUCCUCUACAUCUUAUUUUCUGGAAAUAAUUCAGUGCCAAUUACACAAUGCUUUAUACAAAUGUAUUUUAUGGUGCUAGCAGACAGUGCUGAGGCCACCAUUCUAUUUCUAAUGGCGUAUGACCGAUAUGUUGCAAUUUGUCACCCUUUGCACUAUCAUCGUAUACUUAAUAAGAACGUCUGCAUAUUAUUAAUGAUGGUCAUCUGGAUUGGUGGGAAUGUAAAUUCAUCUUUAUUUAUAAGUUCGGUCUUAGAUUUUAUUUUCUGCUCCUCUGUUACCAUUCACCAGUUUUUCUGUGAUGCUAAAGCUCUCAUCAAAAUUUCCUGCGGUGGCACUGAAGUGUUUUAUAUUGUCGUGUAUGCAGAUUAUUUUGUAUAUGUGCUCUGUCCAGUUAUGUGCAACUUGAUUUCCUAUGUAAAAAUUAUCAGGGUCAUACAACACAUUAAAUCUAAGGAUGGCAGAAAAAAAGCCUUCUCCACCUGUUCAUCCCACCUCACUGUUAUGGCCAUCUUCUAUGGAUCCGCUCUAUCUGUAUACAUGAUCCCACCAGCAGACCACUAUGAUCUACUUGAACAGGUCUUAACCAUGUUCUACACCACAGUGGUCCCUAUGCUGAACCCUCUCAUAUACAGUCUACGAAACAAAGACGUAAAGAGUUCUUUGCGAAAACUAGUUUUGUAGCACUCACAAGUAGGGAUGAGGUUUAGAUUUUCCACUAUCGGGGAAAAUUAUGUAGUUGCUAAGGAUC